CAAGCAGACAUGAGCAUCACCUCCAGCAUUGGCACCCGCUACCCAUCCCCACCUUUUCUUCUUGUCGCAUCUCAUGCCGUCUUGAUAGGAUCCCGUUUCAUUGCGUCUGCUAAGCCUCCUUUGCGGCGGGAUCUUUAUCCACAUGCUACCUGCUAACCUGUCCAUCGUUGUUGAACAGGGAAAAUCUCCCCCCUUCCCAGCUCGAUUGCCCGCCAAACGCACCCCCCCCGAAAUUACGCGGACUAUUGCCCAGAGUCUCAAAAUCAACCGCCGAUGAAUCAACUGCCAUUUUGGUCGACCCUCUCCGGUGCUGAACUGAGUAUGUCGUCAAUAGCGUGGCAGGCAUCGUGGUUGGUCAACACACACACACCAUCGCUUGGUAUGGCCGCUAGUCCUCUUUAUCCCCCGUUCGCCAUGAAACGCCUGUAUUUCUUUUUACAUAUAGUACGCGUUGGCCUCCCAUUGUGCGUGAAGGACAGCUACAAUGCUGCUUUGCCCCUGCUCCAAUGCUUCCCAUGGGGCGUCGGCGCUUCGAGAUGAAGCCAUUUGCCCUUCGGCUUCUCCUCUGGGCUGUCGUUGUCGUCGCCGGUGCCUUUACCCUGUAUCUGACCAUUUCAUAUGCUGCGAUUCCACUCCUUAUCUGGUUAUCUCCGACAUUGAAUCCGACCUUGUAUGAUUUGGGCUUCUAUGGUGGUUCGCCUUCGCAGACGUAUAUAUCAAACGGGUUGAGUUCGCCGCGGACGAGCAUAACCAAAUAUGACCCAGAUUGCGAUAAGGGAUAUACCUUCCUUAAUUACAAUGGAGGUUCAAUGCCCGAUCCCGGUCCUGCGAUAUUGGACAGCAACAGUGAAUUGGUUUGGAAAGGACAGAAUUAUGCUGUGACGACGAACCUGAAAGUGCAGACUUAUAUGGGUCAGCAGUACUUGACAUUCUGGUCUGGAAGGAAGGGAGGGACGAUGGGCAAAGGCGUCUAUUAUAUGCUGGACAGCUCGUACGAGACCAAACACACGGUUUCAGCAGCGGCGCAGGGAAGCGAGAUCGAAGGCGACCUGCACGAGUUUGAAAUCACCAAAGACAACACUGCACUGUUGACGUUCUAUAAUGUCACCCCGGCGGACCUGUCUUCGCUGGGCAAGUUCAAGAACGGAUGGCUCACCGACAGUGGUUUCCAGGAAGUGGACAUUGCGACCGGCGAGCUGCUUUUCGAGUGGAAAGCAUCAGACCAUUUCCAAGUCAACGAGACCUUUAUGACCCACCCAUUCGGCGGAUACAUCAAAAGCAUUCCUUUCGAUUUCUUUCACAUCAACAGCGUCGACAAAGACUCCAAGGGCAACUAUCUCAUCUCUUCGCGCCAUACUCAUUCGGUCACCUGCAUCGGCCCAGACGGCCAGAUCAUGUGGAUUCUUGGCGGCCAACGUAAUCAGUUCACGGACCUUUCGGGGGGCGACGCUCUCAACUUCAGGUGGCAGCACGAUGCCCGCUGGCUCAACGAAGAAGAAGGUAUCAUAACGCUUUUCGACAACAAGGAAGGUGGUCCUUUGCACGUCGAUGGCCCAUACAGUCGCGCCCUCAUGCUCCAACUGGAUAUAGCCAACCGGACUGUUACCCUGCUGCAUUCUUAUGUCUCUCAGUACCGGACACGGACUCCUUCGCAAGGGUCGGCACAAUACCUUCCCGACAGCAAACACAUGUUCGUGGGCUUUGGCCACUCGCCGGUGUUGAGUGAGUUUUCCUUGGACGGAACCCUGCUAUGCGAGGUCCAUUACGGCGCGCAGUGGCUUCACGUUUUCGAUACGGCAGUUUCGUACCGGGCUUUCAGAUCAGCCAACUGGGUUGGCAAGCCUCGAGAGCCGCCUGCGGCGAAGAUCCUGGACGAGAUGCUUUAUGUGAGUUGGAAUGGAGCGACCGAGGUAGAAGCAUGGGUGUUGCAGGGAGGUGGCACAGGAGAACAUGAAGAGGAAUGGAGUGAUCUCGAUUUCAUUGAUAAGGAGUUCUACGAAGAGAGCUUUGAUCUAUCACAACUAUCCCAAUAUUCUCGAUUCCGCGUGGGGGCGUUGGAUCGAGAGGGCGAGAUCUUGGGAUACUCGGACGUUGCUCCACGAGAAAGCUCUGGGAGCUGGUGGGGAUUUCUUUUUGCAGUAGUUCUCUGGGGAGUGGCAUUCAAGAUCUCCUGGAUGGGCUAUAAAUGGUUCUCUCAGCACAAGGGAGUCGCCAGAAGGGGCGUUUCGUGGGUGGUUUGGAAAAAGUCGUGACGGAGCCAUUAGACGGGCAUUUUUGCAUUGUUCAUCAGCGUUUGUGAUUUUGACAACGGAUAAGCUCGUGCUGUCGUAGAGAUAGUGAUCCUCCACCUAAAUGAAUCCACGGGUUUUCAGCCUCACUAUCACGCUCAGAAAUGAAAGCGAGAAUGAGAAUGAGAAUGAGA